ACUUGUCUCCAACAUGGCGGAAGGCGUAAGUAAGAAACGAAAAGUUGAAAACGAAAAACGUGAGAAUGAUAAGAAGCCCGUUAAGAAAUUUGCAGGUCAUUGGAGCCAGGGUCUCCUAGAUACCAUGAAUGAUCCAGAAUUCAUAGUAGAAUCAGAUGACAAAAUGACAAUUAUUAAAGACAAGUAUCCCAAAGCCAAGUAUCAUUUCCUGGUGAUGCCUAAAGAGACAAUUCCAAACUUGAAGAGCUUAAAGUCUGACCAUUUAGAUCUGUUAAAACAUUUUGAAGAGAAAGGGAGAGCACUGGCAAAAAAAACAGAUGCAAAAGUGAAGUUCCGAUUUGGAUAUCAUUCAGUUCCCAGCAUGAGCCAUCUACAUAUGCAUGUUAUCAGCCAGGACUUCAACAGUCCCUGUCUCAAGACCAAGAAGCACUGGAAUUCCUUCACCUCAGAAUACUUUGUAGAUUCUGAAGAAAUUAUAAAAAUGUUAGAAAAAGAUGGAAAAGUUCAUUUUGAUGUCAAGGAUUCCCAGUCAUUAUUAAACCAAGAUUUGAGAUGUCAUGUGUGUAAGAAAGCACAGAAGAAUAUGCCUACACUGAAAGACCACAUAAAGAUGCAUGACUAUUCUGUAGACUGACUUCUAAAUUUAGAUGUGUAGACUGGUUGUCUGGUUUUCAGCCUACUCAGUUUUGUAGACUGACUUCUAAAUUUAGAUCUGUAGACUGGUUCUCUGGUUAUCAGCCAACAUUCUGGGACUAGCUGGUUUAGCAUUUGAUACCAACUUCAGAACUGUGACAUUCAGAAUGGUUCUCAGCUUUACUUGAAAAUGGUGUCUGAACACAUUCAUGUUAUUAUAAUAUGGUUUAUAAUAUGCUGCAGACUUCAGAAUUGUUUCAGGAGAUUAUUUCAUUUCCAUUUCAAAAGGAUGGUUGUAGAACUCUGAAGACUUUAUUCUUGAGUUAAUACUAGUAGAUGAUAAGUAUUUUACCAGUAAUACUCGAAAAGACUGCAACUAAGCUGUGCUUAAAUACCUUAUAAUUACUAUGUGAUAAGACUUUCAAUUUAUAAUGUUGAUAUAACUGAUGUUACUAAUCAAACAAGUAAAAACAUUAACUAAUGGUAUAAAAUGUUGGGAAAUGCAUUUAUUGUUUUGGCCGCUCAAAAAGAGAUAUACCUGAUGAGGUAUCCUACCAAGUAUAUGAAUAAAGUAACCAGAGGGAGA